AUGAGGUUUCUCGCUGUGUGCAUUCUAGCCACCUGCAUAGCUUCAUGUCUCAGUAUCGAUUGUAUAGUUUGUGAUUCUUAUUUAUCAUGCACAACACAAACAAAAGAGUUCUGUCCUGAUUCACUGAGCUGCUAUACCGUUUUCGAACGUCAUGUAGCCGUUGCUAAGGGAUGUGCUUCUUCUUGCCACAGAGUUCCUGCUGCCAACCAGCAUGGCAGAAGUUGCAGUGUUUGCGAUUAUGAUGAAUGCAACAGCGAUAACUCAAUUCUCGUUGCAGGUGACGAGUAUUUGAACAAGCCAUAUCGCAGGCCUUUCGCUAGAAUCCCAAGAAAUCUUGGUGGUCGAAAUGCCCAAAUCGAACUUAAUGAGGGAAUAGGCUCUGGUGCUGUUGUGAGAAGUAGCAAAAAUCAUCACAUAGGAAGUGGAGCUGGCGUGGAAGAGUCAAGAUCUAUCGGAGGAGGGGUUAGUAUCGAUAGACAUCAUGAUCAAAGCGGACCUGCCAUCGGCGGAGGAGUUGGCUUAAACAAUGUUGGGCCAGAUUCCCAAGAUGCGAAAGUUCCCUCUGGUAGCAUUGGCUCAGGUGUCUCAAUUUCAAAGCCUGGCAUCGGUCAAGGUGUUCAAAUAAAAAUGCGUAGAUCAAUUGGCAGAGGCGCUGUUCCCGAACAUCAUAGAGAUCACCAUAAAAAACAUCAUCACCCUCCUCCACCACCUCCCUCUACGAGACAUAUUGGAAGCGGUGUAGAAGUGGGACAUCAUAUUGGAAGCGGUGUAGAUGUGGGACAUCGUAUCGGAUCUGGUGUAUCCGGUUAUCAGGCCACUAAAGAUCAUCACAAAUCCAAACAUCAUUCUUACAGAACUCGCCGUUCGGAGUUAGAUCAACUUGUCAGAGGAAAUGAACCAGAUAUUUACCGUCCUCGUCAGAACCAUCAAGGAUACGAUUCUAUUGGAGGAGGAGUUGUACCCGAACGUCAUAACCAUCAAGACGGAUCAGGAAUUGGCCACGGAGUGUCUCCCAGAAAGUCUUCUUCCACUUUGACAUCUCUGCUUUAUAUUCCUGUUUCCUAUUUGGUCAGACGGUUCGUGUUCUGA